AUGGUUCCGUACGGCGAGCUGCGGGACUUCAACCACCGGCAGCUGGUGAUCUGGAUGGUGGAUACGAUGGAGGAGUUCGAGGAGGACUUCGCUAGCGUUGCGGAUAUGAACGUUGAGUUUCGGGGACACUUCAUUCUGCUGUUACGAGGGGAGUUUGUGUGGAAGGAGAUUCUUGAGCGUUUCUGGGACAUUGGGGUUACGAAUGUGGUGAUGCUUGUUGAGGUGGAUGGUGGCAAAGGAGUUGCCGUAGAGGGAUACGAGCCGUUUCAGGAGGACUGUUGUCGUUGUGUUGCACCUAAGGUAGUUGACAGAUGUGUGGCGGGAGUUUACGACGAAGGAGGAUACGGGAGGUUAUUUGACAACUAUGUCCGAAAUUUGCAGGGGUGUUCGCUGAAGAUAGCCACGUUCACAAGACUUCCGUUUAUUGAAGUGGUUGAAGACGGGGAAAAGCGAAAGGUUCUUCAAGGAGUUGAAGGAGAAAUGCUAGCGACCAUUUCAAAGAAAAUAAACUUCUCGAUUGAGGUUAUGGUUCCAACCGGGGACGAAGUAUGGGGUCAAAUCUUCCCGAACGGGUCCGGAGUGGGAGCGGUAGGGAUGGUUGUGCAGAACGAAGUUGAUUGCACGAUAGGUGGAUUCGUUCCGUAUCCUGAGUUGAUGCAGUUUACAAGUUCAUCGAUUGGAUACUACAAGACGGAUUUCGUGUUUGUAGUUCCUGAAGAAUUCGCUGAAAUAUCUUCUCUGAACCAGAUAACAAAUCCGUUAGGGAAAUGGAUUUGGAUCGCAAUGAUUGUAGUUCUGGGUAUGACAUACGUAGUUAUCGUAACCUUCGACUAUCCAUUGGUUGGUCACUUCAGCGAUACCCCUGCAUUAACCCUAUAUCGAACAACGCUUGGAGACUCCUUGCCGUCACUUCCGCGCGGAAAUUUCUUUCGAUUUCUAAUGUUCCUGGUUCUGUACUACACCCUAGUCAUCAGGGAAAGCUACAAAUGUUCCAUGAUCAGCCAUCUAACCGAGAAAAGGCAUUUGAACGACAUCAGUACCAUAGAAACAAUGAUCUCUGCAGGAUACCGCUUUGCUCUAACCUACCCCUUGUACAAUCUCCUCUUCAAGGAUACCCUUCAACUAGACCAAUCGGUAAUCCUCUUGAAAGACGAAGAAUACAGCCGCGGAUUGGAGCAGGUCAUCCGCGAACGGCGCCGCAUAGCGAUGAUCUCCAUCCCCGAAGAGAUCGUCGACUUCAACCAUCGUCAUCCGGGAUGGAUCAACUUCCGAGUUUGCGGAGAAAAUCUGCUGGGCUUUCACUUCAGCGUGUACUUUAGGCGAUCGUCUCCGAUGGUUCGCGAAUUCAAUCGACUGGUUCAACGCUUGUUGGCCGGAGGACUGAUGGGAAAAUGGCACUCUACGCUGCUGAACCGCCGAUACCAGGCAACAACGCUAAACGACGAACCGGCAACAGUGCUCACCAACGGACAUCUCUUCAGCGGGUACGUGUUUUUCGCCGUUGGACUCGGGGUAGGCGUUUUGGCUUUUCUGCUAGAGGUAGUUUCCACUCGAAGCGCGCGGAUUAGGAAAGUGCUCGACCUGCUGUAGCCG